CAGCAGAGAGAUUGUCAUAGGGGGCAUGUGACUUGUUAAGCAAGACACCCAACCGGGCUUGAAGGAAACAGCUGCUCAUUUAUGCUUUAGCGCUUGGCAGCCGGACAAAGAAAGGAGACUUUUGUGUUGAAUACCUCUGCAGAACCAAGUGCCGCCUGACUCAUGCCAAGCAUGCGUGUGGAUGACUGGCAGGAAGCCAGCCCAACUCUUGUGCAGUUUUCUGGUGAAGUACGGCAGAGGAUGCAACCAACAGUCAUCUAAUGGGGACCCUUCUGCUCUUCUUCGGUGUGCUGAAACCAUGUCUACUCUUCUGACAAUGGGAAAUACACUUGGGAAAGCUGCUACACUGGAUGAACUAUUAAGCACCUGCAUUACUAUGUUUGAUCACAAAGGGGAACUGAGUAACAAUCAUUUGCCAAGAAUCUUCCUUUUAAUGCAUCGGUGGUAUCUAACUUCCACAGAACUGGCAGACAAACUUCUCUCCCUAUAUAGAAAUGCCAGUGGGGAAAACUGCAGUGAAAUCCGCUUAAAAAUCUGCUACUUCAUGAGAUAUUGGAUUUUGGAAUUUCCAGCAGAAUUUAAUCUAGACCUUGGUUUGGUGCGUCUGACUGAGGAAUUUCAAGAAUUAGCCAGUCGCCUAGGCUAUGAAGAGCACAUCCAUCUUAUCGAUAUUUCUAGCAUUCCUUCUUAUGACUGGAUGAGAAGAGUCACACAAAGGAAAAAAACUUCCAAGAAGGGAAAAGCUUGCCUGCUGUUUGAUCACCUGGAACCAAUUGAGCUUGCCGAGCAUCUCACCUUUUUGGAGCAUAAAUCUUUUCGAAGGAUUUCUUUUACAGAUUAUCAGAGCUAUGUGAUCCAUGGCUGCCUGGAGAACAACCCAACUCUGGAAAGAUCAAUUGCUUUAUUUAAUGGCAUCUCUAAAUGGGUCCAGUUGAUGGUCCUUAGCAAGCCAACCCCCCAGCAAAGGGCAGAAGUAAUCAGAAAAUUCAUUAAUGUUGCACAGAAACUUCUUCAUCUCCAAAAUUUCAAUACCCUGAUGGCUGUUGUUGGUGGACUGAGCCAUAGUUCUAUUUCACGUCUCAAAGAAACUCAUUCUCACCUUUCUUCAGAAGUUACCAAGGAUUGGAAUGAAAUGACUGAACUUGUCUCCUCCAAUGGUAACUACUGCAACUACCGCAAAGCUUUUGCUGACUGUGUUGGCUUCAAAAUCCCCAUCUUAGGCGUCCACCUGAAGGACCUGAUAGCAGUUCAUGUCAUCUUUCCAGACUGGAUUGAUGAGAACAAAGUCAACAUUGUGAAAAUGCAGCAGCUUUCAGUCACCUUGAGUGAGCUAGUUUCCCUGCAGACUGCUUCUCACCAUCUUGAGCCAAACAUGGACUUAAUCAACUUGCUAACACUUUCCCUAGAUCUUUACCAUACAGAAGAUGAUAUCUACAAACUCUCACUGGUCCUGGAACCAAGAACAUCUAAAUCACAGCCUACCUCUCCAACAACCCCUAAUAAGCCGGUGGUGCCCCUUGAGUGGGCCUCUGGAGUAAUACUGAAGCCUGAUCCAAGUAUCAUCAACAAACACAUUCAAAAACUAGUUGAUUCUGUUUUUAGGAACUAUGACCAUGACCAUGACGGUUAUAUCUCCCAAGAAGACUUUGAAAGCAUAGCAGCUAAUUUUCCUUUCCUGGACUCAUUCUGUGUGCUAGACAAAGAUCAGGAUGGUCUUAUCAGCAAAGGAGAAAUGAUGGCUUAUUUUCUGAGGGCCAAAUCACAACUGCAGUGUAAGAUGGGUCCUGGUUUCAUACAUAACUUCCAGGAGAUGACUUAUCUCAAACCAACUUUCUGUGAACAUUGUGCUGGAUUUCUCUGGGGUAUAAUCAAGCAAGGCUACAAAUGCAAAGAUUGUGGUGCCAACUGCCAUAAACAGUGCAGGGAUCUGCUAGUUUUAGCCUGCAGAAAGUUUGCCAGAGGAACAUCACUGAGUAGUAAUCAUGGGUCUCUGCCCAAUAGCCCGUCAUUGCCAGCAGUACAGGAUGAAGUAUUCCAUUUUCCCAGUGUAGCUCCACAAAAACAGGAUCUAGAUAACAGAGCAAUCACACUGGUAACUGGUUCUUCUCAGAAGAUUUCAGUCCAUCUACAACGGGUGACCACUAGUCAAGCAACUCAGACCGAGCCACUGUGGCAUGAGCCAGGUUGGGGUGAUUCAGGAUCACACACGUUUCCCAAAAUGAAGUCCAAGUUCCAUGGCAAAUCAGGAAAGAAUAAAGGCUUUGCAAAAUGGGAGAAUAAUGAAAAACCCAACAUUCAGACCAACAUGAAUAUCGCAGUAGCAAGUACAGCACAUCUGCUGGACCAGAAUGGAACAGAAACUCUUCUAGAAAGGCAAGAAAUAGAGGCAAGCUGAUCUGCAUUUGCUGCUGCUGCUGUGGCUGCAGCUGCUGCAAAAGAUGGAAGCGCGUUCAAGGGAGCACAAUGUCGUCUCUGUAGAUUACCAGAUUUGAUUGAACUUUGUACAACUGAUAAUAUUCAGCAGAUCCUUUCUCACCUGUGAUGGAAAUGUAAUGACUGAAUACACUAUUUAUUUUCUCACA